AUGGAUAAACUUCCAACAGAAGUCCUCGCCGAGAUCGUCGAGUUGCUCCGCGAUGACCGCAAGGAUCUUUGGAGCAUCAGUUACACGAACAAAAAGCUGCAUGCGAUUGCCAACGAUAUCAUAUACUCCCGUUAUAAGCUUUACUAUCAGGAAACGUCGCCGUUCAUCCGAGCGCUUGCAUCGAAUCCCAAUCUCCAGCGGUGCGUUCAACACAUCAAGUGGAACAGUCCCAUCCAUGAUGAAGGUGCCUUCGAGUUCCCCCGUUGGAUCACGGAAGCCGAGUUCGAUCAAAUCAAGGAGAAAUUUACGCCGAACGUCAAGGAGCUUUGCAUCUCCACGAAGCAGUGGGAAUAUGAAGGCAUGUGGUUCAAGCAAUCGCUGAUCGGUAAAAUUGGCACAAACCUACAAAAGGUGAUACUCGAUGGCGGAGCGACCGUUGUAAACCUCCUUCCGCUUUUUCUGCUGCCGAAGAUGAAAACGCUGCUCAUUGACUGUCUACUGCAAUCCCCCCUACACGAGGACGCCGAGUUGGAAGCCAUCAACCUCGUUUGGGCACGACUAGAAAAAGAAGGAUCGAAUCUGGAGCAUUUGGAAAUCUCUCACACUGCCACCGACAUGCUCGAUCUCGCCCGCUUGCUGAAAAGCCUCAAAAACCUCAGAGUAAUCGACUACAAGCCCGGCUGCGGCGGGGGUUCGGUCAAGAAGAACAACAGAGACGUACAAACGCUCUUCGAAGCCAUCGGAAACCACUGUGCGUCGCUCAAUAACAUGGCCAUCGACGACGACCGUCUAGUGAUGAACCCAGGCGCGCUUGAACAACUGCGCGGCUUGGAGAACGUGGAGACAUUCCAGAUGCACACGCCCGUCUUCUACGAAAACUCCAUUGCCGAAUCCCUCGCCGAGUCGCUACAACGAAACCUCGGGAACCUGCCCACGCAUCUCAAAAACCUGCGCAUCUCAACCAAGACGGGUUAUCACGACGUGACGGAAACCUGCUUCGAUGUCUUGCUCACCCUGGGCUCUGCUAUAAAAACUCUCCUCCCUAAUCUCGGAACCAUUACGUUCUUUGGCUGGCACCCGCAACUAGGCACUUUCCCGUGCCAGACCCGCAUCGCUGCCCUCCAGUCUGCGUUUGCGCAGGUAGGGGUAAAGAUUGUGUCGGAACAUGAUACCAUGGGCGACUCUGAACGUUGGUACACUAAAACGCGCGUUGGUGCUUCGAGCAAGAUUGAAGAAGACUAUGUCUGGGUGCAUCUUCUGGAGGACUUUGAGGGUGAAAGGGAGAACCCGUGGGUGGCACGGUUUGGGAGCUCGUAUAGGGGGGAUGAGUUGAAUGGCGAUGUAUGGGAUAGUGAUGAGGAAGAGGAAGGGGGAGAUGAUGAUGAGGAAGAGGUAGAUGGUGAUGAGGAUGGGGAUGAUGACAAUGGGGACGGGGAAGACAGCAAUGGGGACGAGUGGGAAGAUGAAGAGGAUGACGACGAGACUCCUAAUCCCAGUGCGGGUGGCCGGCCACUGAAUAUGCAAGAUAUCAUGGAGGAAAUGGGCAUUCUUGCGGCUCAGGGACGAAUGCCGGGUAUGCCUGGUAUGCAGCCAACAGACGACGAUAAUGAGGGGGAUGGAGAUGAUGGAGAAGAAGGCUCGAACACUGAAUUUGGCCCCGGCCGCCCGCUUACCAUGCAGGAUAUCGAGAAUGAGAUGAGGAUCAUGAUGGGUCAGGGACUGAUCUUGAAUUUGCCUGGUAUGCCUGGUUAUAGACCGGAGGGCGGGGAUGAGGAACAUGAGGAAGAAGAUAAUGAUGAAGAUGGAGAAGAAGGGUCGAACGAUAGCGAUGCCGAGCAAAAUGAAGACGACUCGCACAACAACAACGACGACAACGACGAUCCGCCACCAGCCCUGAAACCCCUACCCAACGCUAGCCACCUAACCCUACAAGAAAUCGAGGAAAAUAUGAGAACAAUGAUGGCUCAGGAGCGCAUGUUCAAGUUACCUGGUAUGCCUCAUUUCAAACCGGAAGAUCAGUAUGACAGUGAGGAGGAGGAAGAUGAGUAUGACGAGGAAAACGAGGCGGAAGAGUCUGAUAACGAUGACGACAAUGAUGACGAUGCGCCGCCAGCCUCGCAUCCUCAACCUAGCGGAGGUCGCCCGUUGACGAGGCAGGAUAUCGAGGAUGAGAUUAGCAUCUUGCGGGGAGGGGGCCGCCAAGAGGGAUUUUCUCGGUUGCCCAUCAUGAGCAAAAUGUGGGAGGUGGAUCCGGAGACGCGGAGUAAGUUACUUGAGAUACAAAAGACGAACGACAACAACAAGUGCGUCGACUGCAAUGCGCCGAGUCCGCAAUGGGCCUCGCCCAAGCUCGGUAUUUUCAUGUGCCUCUCCUGCUCGGGUGUGCACCGCGGUCUGGGUGUGCACAUCUCCUUCAUCCGCAGUAUCACCAUGGACGCCUUCAAGGGCUCGGAACUCGUGCGCAUGGCUGCCGGCGGCAACAAGCCCUUCCAAGACUUCUUCAACACACAUCCAUCGAAUACGAAAGACGGACGCACAUUCGAGGCCUCAUCCAUAUCAGAGCGAUACGACUCGGAAGCGGGCGACGAGUGGAAGGAGAGACUCAGCUGUAAGGUCGAGGACAGGGAGUUCGACAAGGCAAAUCUACCCAAGCGGUUACCCAAAAAGGACAAUGUAUCUACAGCCGGUAUGGGCGCGCCCUUGAGCGGACGCGCCAGCGCAGCCGGAAGCCGAAGCCAGACACCCCUCGGAAAGACACGAAGCAACGACGCAGGUUUCCAGCGCUCGGGUUCCCCCGCCCUCGGCACCAACGCCAUGUCUAGCCAGAAAGUGAAGAACGAAGCCUACUUCGCUAAGAUGGGCCAGGAGAACGCCAACAGACCCGACGGCGUUGCGCCGAACCAGGGCGGAAAAUACGGCGGCUUCGGCAGCGAGCCAGAUGCGUGGAAGAAGGACGAUGAGCCCGGUGCGCCUCCUGCGCUGGACGACUUCCAGAAAGACCCUGUUGCGGCGCUUACCAAGGGCUUUGGCUGGCUAGGCGCAAGCGUGAGUAAAGUAGGCAAAACGGGGUAUGAAGGCUGGGUGAAGCCUGGUAUGGCAAAGCUCGCAGAAGCAGACCUCGCAACCCAAGCCCGCACCACAGCCGGCACCCUCGGCCAAACCCUCCAAUCCGGCGUCGCAAACGCAAACACGCAAUUCUCGCGCUUCGUCGAAGGAGGCGACUCUGCACAUCCUUCUUCUUCUUCCUCUUCUCGGGCCCCGUUGUCGGGUCAGCGCGAACCUGAACGUAAAGACUUUUGGGAGAGCUUUGGUGCGGCGCCAGCGGGGCCGGCGAAGGAUAAACAGGACUUUUGGGAUGAGUUUGGGAGUGCGGGGGAUGCUAGGGCGGCUGGGGGCAUGGCUGGGAAGAAGCCGAGUGGGAUUGGGACGAGUGCUAUGAAGAAGGGGGGUGCUGGUGGGGGGAUGGGUGGUGGAGGGGCGAAGAAGGAUGAUGAGUGGGGGGAGUGGUGA